GCUGUGAGCUGCAAAGUUUCGCAGCCCGAGUCAGCCAAGGCAGCGCGCGGGCUUGGGCUCUGCGGUGUUCCGCGCGGCUUCAGACGACUGCGACGGCUGGCCCGGAACUCGGGCCGUGUGGAUGCACCGCGCACACGGCUGCCCGCCUCACGCAGAUCUAGCUGUCCACAUCCCUGCGCCCUCGGUUCCCCGGACUCCGUGUACACCUUCCUGCCGCGGGAUCGGUUCGCAGCCUCCGCUGCGCCCGCGCUCACAGUCCUCCUGGGCUCCUGCUCUUCGCCAUCCUCACCCCGCCAUGGCUCCUGGCCCCGCCUGGACCAACUUGGGGCCCCAAUUGCUGCCUCUGCUUCUGCUGCUCCGGUUUGCGGGCUGCAGCCACACGGCCCCCUCCUGGUCCGCACUGCCCGCUGUAGUCCACGGCCUGCAGGGGGACAAGGACCCCCAGCAGUCCCUGGGAGAUGCGACCGCAGCUCUGGGCCCCGGUGCCCAGGACAUGGUCGCUGUCCACAUGCUCAGGCUUUAUGAAAAGUACAGCCUGCGGGGCACGCAGCCGGGAGGAGGCAACACUGUGCGCAGCUUCCGUGCCCGGCUGGAAGUGGUCAACCAGAAGGCCGUGUAUUUAUUCAACCUGACCUCCAUGCAAGAGUCAGAAAUAAUACUCACCGCCACUUUCCACUUCUACUUGGAGCCGCCGCGGUGGCCCCGCGCGCGGGAGAUGCUAUGCAAGCCACGGGCCAAGAAUUCCUCUUGUCGCCUCCUGCCACCAGGCCCGCCAGUUCGCCAGCACCUAUUUUUCCGCAGCCUGUCACAGAAUACAGCCACGCAGGGGCUACUUCGUGGGGCCAUGGCCCUGGCGCCCCCGCCACGCGGUCUGUGGCAGGCCAAGGACAUCUCCUCCAUAGUCAAAGCGGCCCGUCGGGAUGGCGAGCUGCUCCUCUCUGCCCAGCUGGCUUCUGGGGAGAAGGACCGUGGGGUUCCCAGGCCCAGUCCCUACAUUCCCUACAUCCUUGUAUACGCCAAUGACCUGGCCAUCUCCGAGCCCAACAGCGUGGCAGUGACACUGCAAAGAUACGACCCCUUUCCAGCUGGAGACCUAGAGCCCGGCGCAGCCCCCAACAGCUCGGCGGACCCCCGUGUGCGCCGGGCCGCGCAGGCCUCCGGGCCCCUCCAGGACAAUGAGCUGCCGGGACUGGAUGAGAGGCCAGGACACAUCCCCCACGCUCAGUACUACCACAAGCACGAGCUAUGGCCCAGCCCCUUCCGGGCGCUGAAGCCCCGGCCUGGGCGCAAGGACCGCAGAAAGAAAGGCCAGGAUGAGUUCGUGGCCUCCUCGCAAGUGCUGGACUUCGAUGAAAAGACUAUGCAGAAAGCCCGGAAAAGACAGUGGGACGAACCGCGAGUCUGUAGCCGGAGGUAUCUGAAGGUGGAUUUCGCAGACAUUGGGUGGAACGAAUGGAUCAUUUCGCCCAAAUCCUUUGAUGCCUACUACUGCGCAGGAGCCUGCGAGUUCCCAAUGCCUAAGAUUGUUCGCCCAUCCAACCAUGCCACCAUCCAGAGCAUUGUCAGGGCUGUGGGCAUCGUCCCUGGCAUCCCAGAGCCCUGCUGUGUUCCAGAUAAGAUGAACUCCCUUGGGGUCCUCUUCCUAGAUGAGAACCGGAACGUGGUGUUGAAGGUGUACCCCAACAUGUCCGUGGAGACGUGUGCUUGCCGGUAAGACUGCCCAAGGGUUGAAGGCAGUCUCAGCACCAACUCCUCAGCCAGCAGAGCGGCAUUCUCAGAGCCUUUUGGAGCCAGGACUUGACUAAGUGUGUGACUACAGAUGCAGGGCGGAGCUUACAGACAACCCACUGGGGUCCAGAAAGGUCUGUCCAUCUGGUCAUCGUUCUGGAGUCUUUUGUUGCUAAUGACUUAGCCACCUAAAUGCUUCCUGAGUUCCUGGAAAAAAAAAACCGGAAUUAUCCUUGGCCUGAAGUUUUCCCAUUGGCUCUAACUGCCACUUUCAAGACCCAAAAAUGGACAGGUCCUCAGUGUUGGCUUUAUGUGUUAUCAUCUCAUAACCUGAGAAGACUAUGCAAAUCUUAGGGUGCUUGCUCCCUUCACAUGGAAAGAAUCUCUGUUUAAAUGUUCAGUUUAAAAUCUUUCAGGCCACAUAGGGAAACAGGGCCUGAAUGAGUGUUUUGUUUCACACUCUACUAUAAAAGCUUUUAUACAUACAUAUGCACAUAUAACCAAUUUUGGUUUUGUUCUCUUAAUAUAUAUUUUAUUUUAAAACAAAGAGGGGCAUUUGACACCAUUCCCCACAGAGAUAAUCAUGCUGGUUAGGUGUGGGUUCUUUAAACAUGCAUAUGAAAAUAACAUAUACAGUAAUAUGUUGAAAUACUAAAAAAUAACCAAGAUUUUAUAUUUUUGUAAAUUAUACUUUGUAUACUGUAGAUUGUGUGUGUUGUGUGUUUUUAUGGAAAGCUAAUAAAUUAAAGUUACAGUGGUAUUUCAAAAA